AUGGGUAAGGCCAAGAAGACAAGAAAGUUUGCUUUAGUGAAACGUACCAUUAACUCGAAAGAUUCCCGUAUAAAUAAAAAUAAAGAUAAAAUAGUUAAAAAGCAAGAUGAUUCUGAAUUAGUAAGAGAUGUGCCUCAAGUCUCAUCUGCAUUAUUCUUCCAAUUUAAUAAAUCCAUUAAACCUCCAUACCAAGUUCUUAUAGAUACCAAUUUCAUAAAUUUUUCCAUUCAGAAAAAGAUCGAUAUAGUCAAGGGGAUGAUGGAUACCUUAUAUGCUAAAUGUAUUCCUAUAGUAACAGACUGUGUUUUGGCAGAAUUGGAGAAGUUGGGACCUAAGUACAGGAUUGCCCUCAAAUUAGCAAAGGAUCCUAGAAUCGAAAGAUUGACCUGCUCACACAAGGGUACUUACGCAGAUGAUUGUUUAGUGCAUAGAGUCAUUCAGCAUAAGUGCUAUAUUGUAGCUACCAAUGAUGCUGAUUUAAAAAGGAGAAUCAGAAAGGUACCUGGUGUACCACUCAUGAGUGUUGGUGGUCAUUCAUACGUAAUCGAAAGAUUGCCCGAUGUAUUUUAG